UCGAUGCAACUGACGCGGACAGUGAAAAUCGGAGAAUAAAAAGGGGCUCAACUUGGUCGCCAUCACAGACCGGCUCACCAACAGACGGCGACAUUAUUUCAUCACGCUCACCAAAACCAUCGCAAGCCCGAACAUCUGCGCUACAGGCAAAAAGAAAUCUAAACAUUCCAGUAUGGACAUAUUCAAGAGUCACAGUGGAGCAAAAGACAACCCACUGAUGCAAUAUGUCCUCAAUCAUUCCUUGAGGGAGCAUCCGGCUCUAAAAAAUCUCAGACUGAGGACAAUGGAAGAUUCCUGGAGUUUCAUUAUGGUUGCCAGUGAGCAGGCACAGCUCAUGGCUAACCUUGCAAAACUUAUACAAGCCAAGAAAGCAAUCGAGAUUGGUGUAUACACAGGUUACAACGCUCUCAGCAUGGCACUGACUUUACCAGAUGAUGGAACUGUCAUAGCCUGUGAUGUCAAUGAGGAUUAUGUCAACAUUGGCAAACCCUUCUGGAAAGAGGCUGGGGUUGAACAUAAAAUUGAUCUACGCAUACAACCAGCACUGAAAACUCUUGAUGAUCUCCUCGAAGCUGGUGAAGGAGAAACAUUUGACUUCGUCUUCAUUGAUGCAGACAAAGCAAAUUACGAUAACUACUAUGAGAAGUCUCUGCAGCUGCUGAGGAAAGGAGGGAUAAUCUGUAUUGAUAAUGUGCUGUGGAGCGGGAAAGUGGUGAACCCUGCCCCUGAUGACAUUGACACCCAGGCCAUAGACAAACUGAACAAGAAGUUGUACCGAGAUGUCCGGAUCAGCCUUAGCAUGCUCACUGUAGGGGAUGGCCUUACACUAGCGAUCAAACUGUAG